AGCGAUAAGUAGUGGAAGCACCGGUAUUGGCAAGUUGACAGGAGACAGCAUCCACUUCUUCACACCCACUUCUCUUCUUGGGAAGGCUCGGAGCAGGUUUCAAGCAGUGGACACACGAAGAAACAGUAGAUCUCAUCGUCCUCUAUUCUGCUCGUGGCCAGCAGAGACCUAUUGCGGAGGACGUCUUCUAGUCGCGUCGGCAGUGCAUGCGUGCCCAUGCACCCAUCGUCUAACAGGAUGGUAUUCCCGAUGCUGGGGAGAAUACCGCCAAGGGCAAAGCUGCUCUUUUCUUUGCUGCUCGUGGUGCUGGCAAUCGACACAUGUAACGCAGAAUGCCCUAAAGGCAAACAUCAAAGUGGCAACGCUACCAGCCCCUGUGUUCCUCUCAAGACCAUCUGCCCAGGCACAGAUAAGGCAAUGUACUCCUGGAUGGCUCUCGCUGGCUUGCCGGUUCAUCCGCACGCUAACGAGCCCAGCCUCACGGAAAAGGCCAAUCUGAGGCAAGCCCGCCGUUUAUGCCAGCGUCGAGGAUACGACGUGAUCGAUUAUAGCGCCUUCACCAACAGGACCAAGGGCGUGCGCGGCUGCAUGGAAGCAUUGCUCCAAAAGAUGAUGGCGAGCACUUACGGCAGCACUAUCAUCGUAUGGACGUCGCACGUGUACAGAGGGGAGCAUGUCCUUUUCAAGCAGGACAAAAACAACCAUGAUGAAGCGGUAUUUGACCGGGCUGGAACAACCCUUAAUGACGUCAUUUGCGAAGCUAAAUGGAUUCAUGCUUUCUCCUCAGCAUACGUCGCAGCAACACCGGCAUCGAGACGUGCCGUUACCCAGCCUUUUGCGCGUGAAGCUUGUCAGCAGUACGGACUAAACUUUAUAACCGUGGACUGGCUGCAAGCACAUGGCCAUGUAUUCAGAGAGCGCUGGCUACAACGAUUGCCUAUAGAGCAUAACCCUCAUCACGGCACCAAGCCCUUCCACGUCGAACCAAUCUCGGCGGAUGGCGAACACCAUUACAGAACCGUAACGUUUAGCAGCGGAAGUCAUACGAUUCACAACGCCCCAAGCGAUGAGCAAGCCCGGAUCCUCUGUGUCAAAUUCUGUGAGAACAAAGGUGUUGUUGCAGCAAACAUGAGUUGUGUGUGUAACCGCACCACAUCCUACGGCGAACGAUGUGAAAAGGCAUGCGACUGUUUGAAUCAAGGUCAUUGUGACGACACGGGUAAAUGCAUCUGCCCGAAAGAAUUUACCGGUAACAAGUGCCAAUCGGUUGUGUGCACGAAUCCCUGGGUGAAAAAGAACAAAGAAUGUGAAUGUAAACCCAGACUAGAUGGACCUAAGUGCACAGAAGUAUGCCAUUGCUUGAAUCAUGGGAAGUGUGCUGAAGACGGUACCUGCGUCUGCCAGAAAGGUUUCCAUGGAGACCUGUGUCAACAGACUUUUAAGACAAAGUGCCUGGGUACAGAUAACGCAACGUACACCUGGAUGGCUCUCGCCAGCUUGCCGUGUCAUCCAGACCUGGACGGUGACAGCUGCCAGAAGAAAACGAACUUGACGCAUGCCCGCCAGAUGUGCAAGAGAAGAGGAUACGACGUGGUCGAAUUUCAUGCCUUCACAAACCGGUCUAUGAACGUGCGCGACUGCAUGGAAGCCUUGCUCAACGAGAUGAUGGAGAGCAGUUUCAAGAGCCCUAUCACAAUAUGGACAUCUUUCUUGAGAGAGUUGAGGGAUAGUACCAAGAUGCAUGUCUUGUACAAGCAGGGCAAGAACGGCUUAAGAGAAGAGGUACAUGAUAGAACCGGAGCAGGCCAUCAUGAUGUCAUCUGCGAAGCCAAGUGGCUUCACGACAACAACUCAGCAUAUACCGUAGCAACCCCAGCAUCCAGACGCAUUGUCACUGAGCCAUUCGCAGAGGAGGCAUGUCAGCAGUACGGACUUCAGCUCGUAACCGAAGACUGGCUGCGAGCACAUGGCGAUGUAUUAAGAGAGCGCGGGCUCGAGAGGUUGGCUCUGAAGCAUGAACGUGACCAAGGCGCUUACCACGUCAAGGCAAUCCGGGUCAAUGGUGGCUCCCUUUACAGAACCGUAACAUUUAGCGAGAACAAUCAAGAGUUUCACCACACGAGAAGCAAUGACAGAGCCCAAAUCCUCUGUGUCGCAUGCGACUGUUUGAAUCAAGGUCAUUGUGACGACAAGGGUAAAUGCAUCUGCCCGAAAGAAUUUACCGGUAACAAGUGCCAAUCGGUUGUGUGCACGAAUCCCUGGGUGAAAAAGAACAAAGAAUGUGAAUGUAAACCCAGACUAGAUGGACCUAAGUGCACAGAAGUAUGCCAUUGCUUGAAUCAUGGGAAGUGCGCUGAAGACGGUACCUGCGUCUGCCAGAAAGGUUUCCAUGGAGACCUGUGUCAGCAGACUCUCAAGACCAUCUGCCCAGGCACAGAUAAGGCAAUGUACUCCUGGAUGGCUCUCGCUGGCUUGCCGGUUCAUCCGCACGCUAACGAGCCCAGCCUCACGGAAAAGGCCAAUCUGACGCAAGCCCGCCGUUUAUGCCAGCGUCGAGGAUACGACGUGAUCGAAUAUAGCGCCUUCAUCAACCCGACCAAGGGCGUGCGCGGCUGCAUGGAAGCAUUGCUCCGAAAGAUGAUGGCGAGCACUUACGGCAGCACUAUCACCGUAUGGACGUCGUACGUGCACAGAGGGGAUCAUGUCAUUUACAAGCAGGACAAGAACAACCAUAGGCAAGCGGUAUUUGACCGGGCUGGAACAACCCUUAAUGACGUCAUUUGCGAAGCCAAGUGGCUUCACGCCAACAACUCAGCAUAUACCGCAGCAACCCCAGCAUCCAGACGUAUUGUCACUGAGCCAUUCGCAGAGGAGGCAUGUCAACAGUACGGACUUCAGCUCGUAACCGAAGACUGGCUGCGAGCACAUGGCGAUGUAUUAAGAGAGCGCGGGCUCGAGAGGUUGGCUCUGAAGCAUGAACGUGACCAAGCCGCUUACCACGUCAAGGCAAUCCGGGUCGAUGGUGAUUCCCUUUACAGAACCGUAACAUUUAGCGAGAACAAUCAAGAGUUUCACCACACCAGAAGCAAUGACAGAGCCCAAAUCCUCUGUGUCGCAUGCAACUGUUUGAAUCAAGGUCAUUGUGACGACAAGGGUAAAUGCAUCUGCCCGAAAGAAUUUACCGGGAACAAGUGCCAAUCGGUUGUGUGCACGAAUCCCUGGGUGAAAAAGAACAAAGAAUGUGAAUGUAAACCCAGACUAGAUGGACCUAAUUGCACAGAAGUAUGCCAUUGCUUGAAUCAUGGGAAGUGCGCUGAAGACGGUACCUGCGUCUGCCAGAAAGGUUUCCAUGGAGACCUGUGUCAGCAGACUUUUAAGACAAAGUGCCUGGGUACAGAUAACGCAACCUACACCUGGAUGGCUCUCGCCAGCUUGCCGUGUCAUCCACACCUGGACGGUGACAGCUGCCAGAAGAAAACGAACUUGACGCAUGCCCGCCAGAUGUGCAAGAGAAGAGGAUACGACGUGGUCGAAUUUCAUGCCUUCAUUUCCUGGGCUCUGAAUGUGCGCGACUGCAUGGAAGCAUUGCUCAACGAGAUGAUGGAGAGCAGUUUCAAGAGCCCUAUCACAAUAUGGACAUCUUUCUUGAGAGAGUUGAGGGAUGCUACCAAGACACAUCUCUUGUACAAGCAGGGCAAGAACGGCUUAAGAGAAGAGGUACAUGAUAGAACCGGAGCAGGCCAUCAUGAUGUCAUCUGCGAAGCUAAAUGGAUUCAUGCUUUCUCCUCAGCAUACGUCGCAGCAACACCGGCAUCGAGACGUGCCGUUACCCAGCCUUUUGCGCGUGAAGCUUGUCAGCAGUACGGACUAAACUUUAUAACCGUGGACUGGCUGCAAGCACAUGGCCAUGUAUUCAGAGAGCGCUGGCUACAACGAUUGCCUAUAGAGCAUAACCCUCAUCACGGCACCAAGCCCUUCCACGUCGAACCAAUCUCGGCGGAUGGCGAACACCAUUACAGAACCGUAACGUUUAGCAGCGGAAGUCAUACGAUUCACAACGCCCCAAGCGAUGAGCAAGCCCGGAUCCUCUGUGUCAAAUUCUGUGAGAACAAUGGUGUUGCAGCAAACAUGAGUUGUGUGUGUAACCGCACCACAUCCUACGGCGAACGAUGUGAAAAGGCAUGCAACUGUUUGAAUCAAGGUCAUUGUGACGACAAGGGUAAAUGCAUCUGCCCGAAAGAAUUUACCGGGAACAAGUGCCAAUUGGUUGUGUGCACGAAUCCCUGGGUGAAAAAGAACAAAGAAUGUGAAUGUAAACCCAGACUAGAUGGACCUAAUUGCACAGAAGUAUGCCAUUGCUUGAAUCAUGGGAAGUGCGCUGAAGACGGUACCUGCGUCUGCCAGAAAGGUUUCCAUGGAGACCUGUGUCAGCAGACUUUUAAGACGAAGUGCCUGGGUACAGAUAACGCAACCUACAACUGGAUGGCUCUCGCCAGCUUGCCGUGUCAUCCACACCUGGACGGUGACAGCUGCCAGAAGAAAACGAACUUGACGCAUGCCCGCCAGAUGUGCAAGAGAAGAGGAUACGACGUGGUCGAAUUUCAUGCCUUCACAAACCGGUCUCUGAACGUGCGCGACUGCAUGGAAGCCUUGCUCAACGAGAUGAUGGAGAGCAGUUUCAAGAGCCCUAUCACAAUAUGGACAUCUUUCUUGAGAGAGUUGAGGGAUAGUACCAAGAUGCAUGUCUUGUACAAGCAGGGCAAGAACGGCUUAAGAGAAGAGGUACAUGAUAGAACCGGAGCAGGCCAUCAUGAUGUCAUCUGCGAAGCCAAGUGGCUUCACGCCAACAACUCAGCAUAUACCGCAGCAACCCCAGCAUCCAGACGUAUUGUCACCGAGCCGUUCGCAGAGGAGGCAUGUCAGCAGUACGGACUUCACCUCAUAACCGAAGACUGGCUGCGAGCACAUGGCCAUGUAUUAAGAGAGCGCGGGCUCAAGAGGUUGGCUCUGAAGCAUGAACGUGACCAAGCCGCUUACCACGUCAAGGCAAUCCGGUUCGAUGGUGAUUCCCUUUACAGAACCGUAACAUUUAGCGAGAACAAUCAAGAUUUUCACCGCACCAGAAGCAAUGACAGAGCCCAAAUCCUCUGUGUCAGAUGUAAGUGUUUGAACCAGGGUCAGUGUGACGACAAGGGCAAAUGCACAUGCCCGAAAGAAUUUACCGGGAACAAGUGCCAAACGGAUUUCGAUGAAUGUGCAUCCGCUGCACAUAACUGUGACUCAUCAGCAGCCUGCAUAAACACUCUUGGAUCAUUCUCAUGCGCUUGCAACGAUGGUUUCUAUGGAAAUGGAAUCUCUUGUCAGGGUUGUAACUUCCAUGAAUUGAACAUCGCCAGUGUUAACAGAACUACUGGCCAAGUAACCUGUGCAACUGGCUAUACACGUGUUGAGGGCAACUCAGUUGCUACAUGCCCCAAGAACUCAGCAACUGGCAAUUGGGAAGGAGUUGGAAACUGCAGAGCUUUGUGCAGCGAGCCAGCAGCAAUCACCAAUGGUGUUGUGAAUCCGGGAAUUCAAGUUGCUGUUUCUGACUCUUCAGAAAAGUUUUACUCUUCAGCUGUGUAUAAGUGCAAUCAGGGAUAUCGGCUUUCAACAGGCACGAGCAACGUGCUAAGUUGUUCCGUCUCGAGUGAUGUCGCUGAUUUUGGAUCAAUACCAGCUUGUCAAGCCUGUACGGUUGAUGGUAGUGGUCACAACAUUGCCUCGGUGUCGGCUAGUGGCACAGUAACAUGCAACGAUGGACACUAUCACAAUGGGUCGCUGCCUGUUUGCCAAGAUGCAUUUGUAUCCUGGCAGAACAUUGGCAGUUGUCAAGCUGUGUGUACACAUCCCUGGGUGAAAAAGAACAAAGAAUGUGAAUGUAAACCCAAACUAGAUGGACCCACCUGCAUAGAAGUGUGCAAUUGCUUGAAUCACGGUCAGUGUACUGAAGAUGGCACCUGCAUCUGCCGGAAAGGUUUCCAUGGAGACCAGUGUCAGCAUACCAAAUGGCUCCAUGCCAACGAUUCUGUAUACGCCGCAGCAACUCCAGCACUCAGACCCAGGGUGACUGAGCGGUUUGCAGAGGACGCAUGUCAGGAGCACGGAUUUCAUCUCAUUACCAAGGAUUGGCUACAAGAACAUGGCCAUGUGUUAACAGAGCGCUGGCUAGGGACAUUGGCCUUACUGCAUAAGCACAAGCAAGCACCUUACCACGUCGCGUCAAUCCGAGCCAAUGGAAGUUCCCUUCACAGAACCGUAACAUUUAGCGCGCAAAAGCAGACGUUUCAGAAUGCCACAAAAAAAACUCAAGCCCAGAUUCUCUGUGUCAAGACCUGUGAGACCGGUUUUCUUGGACCAAACCUGAGUUGUGUAUGCAACCGCACCUCAACCUAUGGUCAAUAUUGUGAAAAGGCAUGCAAGUGCUUGAAUCAGGGUCGGUGUGACAACAAAGGUGAAUGCAGCUGCCCGAAAGGAUUCACCGGAGACAAGUGCCAACUCGUUGUGUGUACGCACCCGUGGGUGAAAAAGAACAAAGUAUGCGAAUGUACGGCCAGACUAGAUGGACCUAACUGCACAGAAGCUUUCAAGACAAAGUGCCUGGGUACAGAUAAGGCAAUGUACACCUGGAUGGCUCUCGCCGGCUUGCCGUGUCAUCCACACCUCGACGGUGACAGCUGCCAGAAGAAAACGAACUUGACGCGUGCCCGCCAGAUGUGCAAGAGAAGAGGAUACGACGUGGUAGACUAUAAUGCCUUCACCAGUCAGACGCUUGGCGUGCGAGACUGCAUGGAAGAAUUGCUCAACAAGAUGAUGGCAAGCAAUUUCAACAGCCCUAUCACAAUAUGGACAUCUUUCUUGAGGGCUGGCAAGCAUGUCAUGUACAAGAAGGGCAAGAACAACUUAAGAGAAGAGUUACAUGAUAGUAGUGGAUCAAGCGAGAUGAUGGCGAGCGGUCACAGCAACCCUAUCUCCCUAUCGUCAGGGCAAGAACUAGUUAAGAACAAGUUACAUGAUAGUAGUGGAGCAAGCCAUCUUGAUGGCGAGAUGAUGGCGAGCGGUGACAGCAACCCUAUCAUCCUAUCGUCAGGGCAAGAACUAGUUAAGAACAAGUUACAUGAUAGUAGUGGAGCAAGCCAUCUUGAUGGCGAGAUGAUGGCGAGCGGUGACAGCAACCCUAUCUUCCUAUCGUCAGGGCAAGAACUAGUUAAGAACAAGUUAAGAAAGGAGUUACAUGAUAGUAGUGGAGCAAGCCAUCUCGAGAUGAUGGCGAGCGGUGACAGCAACCCUAUCUCAAUAUCGGCAUCGCUCGAAGAGGAUGACCAAAAUAUCAUAUACCAGCAGGGCAAGAACGAGUUAAGAGAAGAGUUAUAUGAUAGUAAUGGAGCAAGCCAUCAUGAUGUCAUCUGCGAAGCCAAGUGGCUUCACGUCAACUCUUCAGUAUACACCACAGCAACGCCAGCGCUGAGGCCCUACGUCACAGAGCAAUUCGCAGAGGAGGCAUGUGAGCAGUACGGACUUCACCUCGUAACCGGGGCCUGGCUGCAAGCACAUGGCCAUGUAUUAAUAAGAGAGAGAUUCCUAGAGAGAUUGGCUAUUCGGCAAGCACCUUAUCACGUCAAACCAAUCGUGGUGAACGGCAACUCCCUUUACAGAACCGUAACGUUUAGCGAGGGAAAACAGAGGUUUGUGAACACCACAAGCAAUCACCGAGCCCAAAUCCUCUGUGUCAUGUGCAAGUGUUUGAACCAGGGUCAGUGUGACGACAAAGGCAAAUGCAUCUGCCCGAAGGGAUUCACCGGAGACAAUUGCCAGAAGGUUGUGUGCACACAUCCCUGGGUGAAAAAGAACAAAGUAUGCGAAUGUAAGGCCAGACUAGGCGAGACUAACUGCACGGAAGCAUGCAAUUGCUUGAAUAAUGGUCAGUGUACUGAAGACGGCACCUGCCUCUGUCCGACCGGAUUCCGCGGAGACCAAUGUCAGGACACUUUCAGGACAAAGUCCCUGGGUACGGACAAGGUGAUGUACACCUGGACGGCUCUCGCCGGCUUGCCGUGUUAUUCAGGCAGCUGCCCGAAGAUAACCGGUUGGACGAAAGCCAGAGACGCGUGCGGUGAUAGGGGAUACCAGCUGGUCGACUUUAAAACCUUCACCUGGCUCGGUUCAAAGCUUGGUGUGCGUUACCGCGUAAAGUCAUUGCUCCACGAGAUAAUGGCGAGCACUAACAGCAGCGCGAUUACGAUAUGGACAUCAUCCGAGUACUAUCGUCGGCGUAUUAUUUACAAGCAGUACAAGAACAAAUCGAGUGAUACAAUAUUUAGUGUUCAUGGGUCCGGCCAUCACAAUGUCAUCUGCGAAGGCAAAUGGCGUCACAUCAACGAUUCACAAUACGCCGCCGCAACCAUACCGCAGUAUCACUGCAUCAGUUGGCAGUACGCAGAGAACGCAUGUCAGCAGUACGGACUUCGCCUCAUAACCAAGGACUGGCUACAAGAACAUGGCCAUGUGCUAAGAGAACGCUGGCUAGAGAAAUUGGCUUUAAAUAAGUCCGACGGAUUAGGUUACCACGUCGCGCCAAUCCUGGUCAAUGGUCAGUCCCUUUACAGAACAGUAAAAUUUAGCAGACAACAUGUGACGUUUAAGAAUGAAACAAGCCAGGAGAAUGCCAAGAUUCUCUGUGUCAAGUCCUGUGGGAGCGGUGUUCUUGCACCGGACAUGCGUUGUGUAUGUAACCGCACUAUGUCCUACGGUGAAGAAUGUGAAAAGGCAUGCAAGUGCUUGAACCGGGGUGAGUGUGAUGACAAAGGUGAAUGCAGCUGCCCUAGAGGAUUCACCGGCCGCCAUUGUCAACUCGUUGUGUGCGCGAAACCCUGGGUGAAAAAGAGCAAAGUGUGUGAAUGUCAACCUGGACUAGAUGGACGCAACUGCACAGAAGCAUGCAAUUGCUUGAAUGACGGCCAGUGCACUGACGAUGGCAGUUGCAACUGCCAGAACGGUUUCCACGGAGACCAGUGUCAGCACAUUUUCAAGACAAAGUGCCUGGGUACAGAUAACGCAACGUACACCUGGAUGGCUCUCGCCAGCUUGCCGUGUCAUCCACACCUCGACGGUGACAGCUGCCAGAAGAAAACGAACUUGACGCAUGCCCGCCAGAUGUGCAAGAGAAGAGGAUACGACGUGGUAGACCAUAAUGCCUUCACCAAUCAGACGCUUGGCGUGCGCGACUGCAUGGGAGCAUUGCUCAACAAGAUAGUGACGAGCGGUUACAGAAACCCUACUUCAAUAUGGACAUCGUUCAAGAAGGAUGACCAACAUCUCAUAUACCAGCAGGGCAAGAACAAGUUGCCUAAAGAAUUGUAUGAUAGUGAUGGAACAAGCCAUCAUGAUGUCAUCUGCGAAGCCAAGUGGCUCCGUUACAACGACUCUGUAUACGCCGCAGCCACGCCAUCACUGAAACCCAGCGUGACUGAGCAAUUCGCAGAGGAGGCAUGUCAGGAGUACGGACUUCACCUCAUAACCAAGGACUGGCUGCACGCACAUGGCCAUGUAUUAAGAAAGCGCUGGCUAGAUAGAUUGGCUCUUCGGCAUGCAUCUUACCACGUCAAACGAAUCCGAGUGAAUGGCAACUCCCAUUACAGAACUGUAACGUUCAGAAAUCACAGUAAUCAGCUUCAAAAUUCCACAAUCAAUCGCCACGCCAAAAUCCUCUGUGUCAAGCACUGUGCUAACGGCGUUCUUGCCCAGGACCUGAGUUGCAAGUGCAACCGCUCUGUCUUCUAUGGCGAAUACUGUGAAAAGGACGACUGCAAGUGCUUGAACCAGGGUCAGUGCGACAACAAUGGUAAAUGCACCUGCCCGAUAAGAUUCUACGGAGAACAUUGCCAACUCGAGUGCAAAACAUGUCUGAAUCAGGGUCGUUGUAAUGAAGACGGCACCUGCACCUGCGCUGAAGGAUGGAUUGGUGACCGGUGCCAGACCCGGUGUGCGGACACGGACCCAUGUUGCGUGAACAAGCGCAUCGUGACACGCCGGGAUCACGUCUGCCGCGCCGCCACCAGCGACUGUGACGUGGCGGAGUACUGCGACGGCGAGACUGCCACAUGUCCAGAGGACCUGACCGCGCGCAAUGGCUGGCCAUGCUCCAAUAGUCAAGCAUACUGCUGGAGUGGAGUUUGUCAAUCACGAACUGGCCAGUGUCAGAGUGUCUGGAACGAUAUGGAUCAAGGGUCAGCUCCUGAGGAUUGCUUCACAAUUAUGAACAUGGAUGGUGACCGUAUUGGUAACUGUGGUUUCAAAUCAUCCAAUUCCACCCCAGGAACCUAUGCAGCCUGUGCGGCUGGAGAUUCCCUAUGUGGUAGUUUGUUCUGCCUUCCAGUUGCUCGAAAGAUUCAACCCAGUAGUGACGUUCUGGCCGAAACCAUUCGCGUACCCGAUGUUGGCAAGUGCAAUGGUUUGUACGCGUCCCCGCCAAGAAGCCACGAUGACCCAUCGCUCGUGAAGGACGGAACACGCUGUGAUGCCAGCGGCGCUAACAAGGACCUCGUGUGCCACAAGCAACGCUGCGUGGACAAGUCUCGAGUCACCAGCCAGUGUUCGGUCGAUGCUGACAGCGGCAAAGAGUGUGGUGAAGUCGGUGUCUGUACAAAUGCAACGACCUGCCUUUACCCACCCACACCUGAGAUCAACGAGUCGAGUACAGGAUCCGCUAACACUACCCAGGCUGCUACACCCACGACCAGUGGAAUAACCAAACCAACGAGCGACCCAGCCACAACCACUCCGACCGAAGUCGGUGAUGAACAGUGGAGUGGUUUAUAAUUGUAACUAGAUACUCAUAAACCGGAGGGAAUACUACCGACAGGACUAACCUGGUGCCCUUCCACUGACUUACCCACCCAUCUUCCAUGGCAUCCACAAUUCGGUCCAGGAAACUCGACAGAGCGUUUCCAGGACGUGAGGAGCCUGGCUAACCAAAUGUGUUUCCAGUCCUGAUAAUUUCCUCCCAUUGUAAAUUUCAAAUCUGCAAUUUCAGAUCAGUGAAAAUCUGAGGCAGACUGAUAUCCCAUAACCCGCUACGGCUGAGUAAUUAUGUCGUAUUUUAAUUAGUAAUUAUGCAUCUAUUAUUUGCAAGAUGAUGAGGGCAAUAAUAGAUUGAUCCCGACAUAGCAUACCUUAACUGGUUUAGCUUUGUUGUUGUGUAUUGUACUAGCACAUAGUAUAUACAUAAGUCGUCUACAUUACUUCUCUAUAAACAGAUGUUUUCAGUUGUUACGUUUAAUGUGUUCCCCAAGUUCUUUGACUGAGAAUCUGGCAGUUUGCGUUCAAGUCGUUUGGCUUCAGAUUUUUCUUCUUUCAUUUCUAACUCUUGUUUCAAGUUGAGGAAAAAGUUCUAAAUCCUUGGA